AAAAAUAUUGUAAAAAAAGAGCAACCACUAAAAUUAAGUACAGUAUCUAGAUGGAUCACCCAGAAAUGGAAUAUCCAUAGAAUCAAAGUUACUAUUUGGAAUCACAUGAGGAGUGUGAUAGAUAGUUACGAGGUCAUAAAUAAUCGUUGGACUAAACACUACCUAUACAACACAGAGUGAUGAUUCACAUACAGAAAAAACCACUACUUUUCCUGAAAAUGAUACAAACUACACUAUCCACGUGUUACUUUUUUACUUGAUAAUAACACCACUCUCUCUUUCUCCUCCGAAAAAUAUCAUCAUCGUUUCAUUCAUUCAUUCUCAGUGUGUUGUUGUUUGUUUGUGUUCUUGCUUGGUUGUUCAGUGUUGUUCUUUUGUUCACACAAUGACAGACACUACAGAUGAUAUUGCUGAAGAAAUCUCCUUUCAAAGCUUUGAUGAUGAUUGCAGAUUACUUGGUAAUCUUCUCAAUGACAUUCUUCAUCGUGAAGUUGGUACCACCUUUGUUGACAAACUUGAAAGAAUUCGAGUCCUUGCUCAGAGUGCUUGUAAUAUGAGGCAAGCUGGGAUUGUGAACAUGGCUGAGUUACUUGAGAAGCAAUUGGCUUCAGAGUUGUCAAAGAUGACACUUCAAGAAGCUUUUACUCUUGCUCGUGCUUUCAGUCAUUAUCUUACUAUGAUGGGUAUAGCUGAAACUCACCAUAGGGUUCGUAAAGGAGGGAAUAUGGCACAAAUUUCUAAAUCUUGUGAUGAUGUAUUUAACCAGCUUGUGCAGGGUGGAGUUUCCCCUGAUGAUCUUUACAACACCGUGUGCAAGCAGGAGGUUGAGAUUGUUCUUACAGCUCAUCCCACACAAAUUAACCGCCGUACGCUACAGUACAAACAUAUUCGGAUUGCUCAUCUUCUGGAUUAUAAUGAUCGACCUGAUCUUAGCCCUGAAGAUAGAGAAAUGCUGAUUGAAGAUCUGGUGAGAGAGAUAACUUCAAUAUGGCAGACAGAUGAGCUUAGGCGCCAAAAGCCCACUCCAGUUGAUGAAGCUAGAGCUGGUUUGAAUAUAGUGGAGCAGUCACUCUGGAAAGCUGUUCCUCAUUAUUUGCGUCGAGUCAGCAAUGCUUUAAAGAAGCAUACAGGAAAGCCACUUCCACUGACUUGCACUCCCAUAAAGUUUGGAACUUGGAUGGGAGGUGAUAGAGAUGGAAAUCCAAAUGUGACGGCAAAGGUUACAAAAGAUGUUUCACUUCUAUCUAGAUGGAUGGCAAUUGAUCUCUAUAUUCGCGAAGUGGAUAGCCUUAGAUUUGAACUAUCUAUGAAUCGGUGCAGUGAUACGUUGUCAAGACUAGCACAUGAAAUCCUAGAAGAAGUUAAAGAUGAGAAUCCUCGCGAGAGUUGGAAUCAAUCAAUGAAUAGAAGUCAGUCACUUCCAACACAACUUCCAGCUAGAGCUCAUUUACCCUCUUUUGCUGCAAAUGGUGAAUCUCAGCAUCCUAGACUAGACAUUCCGGGACCUGAUCACAAGGAUGGUGGAACUUCGAGUUCAACUACAGUCGGAAAUGGCAAUCCAACUUCUCCUUCUUUCAACUCCAGUCAACCAUUUUCUCAGAGGAAAUUGUUGACAGAAACUCAGACAGGAAAGUCCAGUUUUCAGAAGCUUUUAGAGCCACAGCUCCCUCAACUUCCUGGAAUUGCUCCUUAUAGAGUUGUCCUGGGAAAUGUUAAGGACAAGCUUGAGAGAAGCCGUAGACGGUUAGAACUUCUUCUUGAGGAUGUUGCAUGUGAUUAUCAUCCUUUGGAUUAUUAUGAAACAGCUGACCAGCUUUUGGAACCUCUACUUCUUUGUUAUGAAUCUCUGCAAUCAUGUGGUUCUGGGGUGCUAGCUGAUGGUCGACUUGCUGAUCUCAUUCGUAGAGUUGCUACCUUUGGAAUGGUUUUAAUGAAGCUUGACUUGCGCCAGGAAUCAGGGAGACAUGCUGAAACGCUUGAUGCGAUUACAAUGUAUUUGGAUAUGGGUACUUACAGUGAAUGGGAUGAAGAAAAGAAACUGGAUUUCUUAACAAGAGAGCUCAAAGGGAAGAGGCCCCUAGUUCCUGUUAAUAUGGAGGUUGCUUCUGAUGUUAAAGAAGUCUUGGAUACAUUCAAAAUUGCUGCUGAACUAGGGAGUGAUUCCCUUGGAGCCUAUGUGAUCUCUAUGGCCUCAAGUGCAAGUGAUGUCCUUGCAGUAGAGCUUUUUCAGAAGGAUGCACGACUUGCUGCUAUUGGAGAGUUGGGAAGAGCAUGUCCUGGUGGAACGUUGCGGGUUGUCCCUCUAUUUGAAACCGUGAAGGACUUGAGAGGAGCUGGUGCAGUUAUCCGGAAACUUUUAUCAAUAGACUGGUACCGCGAACACAUCAUUAAGAAUCACAAUGGUCAUCAAGAGGUUAUGGUUGGAUAUUCUGAUUCUGGUAAAGAUGCUGGCCGCUUCACUGCUGCUUGGGAACUUUACAAAGCUCAGGAGGAUGUUGUAGCUGCUUGCAAUGAUUACGGUAUUAAAGUUACACUGUUUCAUGGCCGUGGAGGCAGUAUUGGCCGAGGUGGUGGCCCUACAUAUCUGGCUAUUCAGUCUCAACCACCCGGGUCUGUGAUGGGAACACUUCGGUCUACCGAGCAGGGAGAAAUGGUAGAGGCCAAGUUUGGGUUACCACAAAUAGCUGUUCGACAACUUGAAAUAUACACAACCGCAGUACUACUUGCAACUCUUCGUCCACCACUCCCACCUCGAGAUGAAAAUUGGCGUAAUCUCAUGGAAGAAAUCUCAGAGAUAAGUUGCCAGUGUUACCGCAACGUAGUCUACGAAAAUCCAGAAUUCCUUACCUACUUCGCCGAAGCCACGCCUGAAGCAGAACUCGGCUUCCUCAACAUAGGUAGCCGUCCUGCAAGGAGGAAGAACACGAGAGGAAUUGGACACCUACGUGCUAUUCCCUGGGUGUUUGCAUGGACUCAAACUAGAUUUGUUCUUCCAGCUUGGCUCGGAGUCGGAGCAGGUUUGAAAGGUGCCUGUGAGAAAGGUCACAGUGAAGAACUAAAAGCAAUGUACAAAGAAUGGCCUUUCUUUCAAAGCACAAUAGACCUUAUUGAGAUGGUUUUAGGGAAAGCAGACACUACUAUAGCAAAGUACUAUGAUGAAGCCCUUGUGUCAGAGGAGAGGCAAGAACUCGGCCGCGAGCUAAGGAACGAGCUCUUGACAGCUGAAAAGUUUGUGCUGGUGAUUAGUGGCCAUGAGAAACUUCAGCAGAAUAAUAGGAGCUUGAGGAGGUUGGUUGAGAACAGACUUCCAUUUCUCAAUCCAAUGAACCUGUUACAAGUGGAGAUUCUCAAGAGGUUAAGGCGCGAUGAUGACAACCUUAAACUCAGAGAUGCUUUGCUUAUCACUGUAAAUGGGAUCGCUGCUGGUAUGAGGAAUACCGGUUAACCUUGCUUCUCAAUAACUAUAACAAUGUACUCAACUUUCAGCACUAAUGAAGGAUGAAUAGUUUGUUUUAUGUUAGGUUUGUUUAGUAAAGAUUGGUAUAAGUGUAUAACCAUAAUGGUGAAUGGUUUGUUAUGUAAACAGAAGAUGCAUUAUAAUGUUAGAAUGUGAUGUAUGAUUAAGCUUUUCCUGCA